AUGAAUAAUACCAUUGGAAGUCAAUUAAAAAUAAUAGAAAUAAUUCAUUUAUUACAAUGGCCUUAUUGGAGUUGUAUAAAAUGUCUUGAAAUGAAAAAUAAAAUUGAAAAAAAGCAUUUAUUACAAUUUAUAAAAGAACGAGAUAAAAUGAUACUUUUUUUAUUCUUAGAAAAAAAGACUGAUGAAAUUAAUGUUAAUGAAACAUGUCAAUCAAUUAUAAAAGACUUUCUCAUUGAAUUAAUUAAAAAAGACAUUAUCAAAGAAGAAGAGUAUUUUCAUUUUAUGAAUUUUUUAUCGUAUUAUGAACUAGCAGUAUUAAGGUUAUGUAAUUUUGAUAUAUUUACAAGGGAAGUUGAUGAUGACUAUCAAGAAAUUAUUGAUUGGUUAAAAGAGAAUAAAAUUACUAUCAUAGGUUCUAAAGAUUCACACAAAAAUAUUCAGAAAGACUACAUUGAAACAAAUGAACUUCAAAAUAUAUUAUCUUCAUUGUUUCUUUUUGACUUAAGUCAAUACUCUAUGAAAACAAUUAUUUUAACUACUGUUUAUUAUCUUAUUCAAUACUGUGAUACACAACAACUAGUCAAAAAAAGAAUAGAUGAAAAUAUUAAACAACAUAAAUAUCGUUGGGAUGACAUUGAGCAAAUCCUUCAAUUCAUUAAACGUGGAAAGGAGUUAAUGAAAAAGAAAAAUGAAAUUAUUACACAAUACGUCUCUUCUUUUAAGACAAUUAUUAAAUAUGUUGUUUUCACUGUUUCAGAUGAAAAAUACCUUGAUGAGUUACUUAUUCAUUAUCCUCAUCAACAAUUUGAUAUUUUAGAGUUUACAAUUUACCAAAUAGAGAAAAAUGAUAAGAUUUAUCAAUUUUGGAAAAUAAAAGAACCUUACCAAAUGAUUGAUUGCUCUUUGAUUUUAAAAACUGAUGUUUAUAGUAUUAUAUUCUUAACAAAAAAUAACAAUAAAAUUUUAAAAGAGUACUGUUAUUUAUGUAAUGGAUUUAAUUAUGUCCAUUCAGUCUUUAUAUUAUCUGCUUCUUCCCUCUCCCAAGAACUUAAAGAUGAACUUCAAUCAGCAAUUUUAAAUAACUUCCCUACAAAUAAUUCAUUUUUGAAUUUUACUUUACAAAAAGACCUCCAUAUAUAUUUCAAAGAGAUUAAUUAUUCAGUAUCCACAUCAUUAAUUAAUACCGUUUGCAUUUAA